GGGAAUGAAGGGUCAUUACCGAUGGAGAUGUGCUCCAAUUUUGAUGCAGAUGAAAUCAAACGGUUAGGGAAAAGAUUCAAGAAAUUGGACCUUGAUAACUCAGGAUCCCUGAGCAUAGAUGAGUUCAUGUCACUACCAGAACUGCAACAGAACCCCCUUGUUCAAAGGGUUAUCGACAUAUUCGACGAGGAUGGAAACGGAGAAGUGGAUUUUAAAGAGUUUAUCCAAGGUGUGUCUCAGUUCAGUGUCAAAGGUGAUAAAGAAUCAAAGUUGAAAUUUGCCUUUAGAAUUUACGAUAUGGACAAAGAUGGGUUUAUUUCAAACGGAGAACUCUUUGCCGUUUUGAAGAUGAUGGUUGGGAACAACUUGAAAGAGACGCAGCUUCAACAGAUUGUGGAUAAAACAAUAAUCAAUGCCGAUAAGAAUGGAGAUGGAAAGAUUUCAUACGAAGAAUUUUGUGGAAUUGUUGGUACUAUGGAUAUUCACAAGAAGAUGGUUGUAGACGUAUGACAAGUUUCAAGGGAGCGAGAAAAGUUUUUAAUGUGUUCAGAAAUUUUCAUGAUACUAGAAUCGGUCGCAGGUGAGGCCAUUCUGACCCUCGCAUCCAAAGCAAAGAUUUUCAUCUGUGGCCUAACACAGCCAUGUGCUGACGUAUCUGAAUGUUUUGUAUGUUGCCAUGGCAAUGAGAGGAAGCUUGUUCUUGUGAGCGAUUGCAUAAUAUUUUUAUUUUCUGUAUUCCUGUUGCUAAAGACCCAAAUGCACAUUUCGUUUUUCAGUUGCAAAUUUCCUUUAACAAUCAAGUUUAGUAUGUAAUAUGAUAAUCUGCAAGUUGGUUACUAACCUUGAGAAUAAAAAAUCAAUGUAUUCUGGUGUUAUUAUGCCCAAACAAAAUUCAGUUUUAUGUAUACCAGUAAAUAUACUGUUAAUUGACAUAAUUCAAUAGAAAUAUAAAUAUUUCUAAACUAUAAAAUAUUUUAACACUUAAUGAAAAAAAAAACAACCAGUAAAAAUGUUAAAUCCUAUUACAAGGCAACCUUGGCAAAAAAAAAAAUCAUACUUUACCUUCGCAUAGCGAUGUAUUAUUUAUUACUUGUGAUUUUUAUGUUAUGACAUUAAUAUCUAAUAUAAACAUUCUUUAUAAUUGAUAUUGCAUUGGUCCCCCAUUACCUAUUGCUUCUUGUCACUCCAUUGCUUUUUGUAUUACUAUAUAAUUUUUCUCUUUGUCAUAAUUCCCACCUUUGCACUUCUAUCACAAUCCCUUCUUCAUUUUUAUAACUAUUUCCCAUGUCAUUGCUCUUCUAUCAUAUUUUAUUCUUUGUUCUUUCUAUCUGCAUUCCCGCCUUUCCACCACUUAUUUAUCAUAUUUCUCUCCCAGUUAAGUUUGUGGAAGCCUAGGUAUUCAAAGUUUGCAUUUGUCAAUAUCUCCAAGUUAUUCAUUAACUCUUCAUUAAAAUUUAGACUUGCUUUACCAGCAGAGUAAUCAUAAUAAUUAUACAUAUUUUAUUUCAACCUUUAAAAAUAAUAAUAUUCUAUAUGAAUGUGAUAAACCUAAAAAGUCCCAACCAAUAUUAACAUGACAAAUGUUUAUUGCAUUUUACGAAAAUGCUACAAGUUUUGUAAUAAUUUGUCACAUUUCUUUGGUUGUUUUUUAUUCAUUCAUUUGAACAAUUUUGGAAUAAUACAAUUUAAAUAAUGACUGUGAGAUUCUUGUUUUUACAAAAAAAAUAAAUAAAUAUUAGUGAUAAAUACUAAAGUAGAAACGAUUGAAACCGAUAUGUGUGAUGAUUGUGUUUUUGAAGAUGAUUAUUAAAUUUAUAGCUAGCAUAAAUAGUAAACUUAUUACUCAUAUUGGUUGUAUAUUUAACUUGGUAAUUGGAUUGUAUGUGAUAAAUAUAUUAUAAAUGGUAAAUGUUGUAAAAAGUGUUUCUUUUAUUGUGUAAUGUUGAAAUAAUACAAAUUGAAAGAUUUUUGAUGUGGAAAAGUACUUUCUACUUGAUAUGCUAGUUUAUUAUAAUUAUUUUAAUGCAGGUUUUAUUAAUGGUAACUUAAGUGACCAUAGGAAACUUAAUUUCCCUUUCAGAUGUACCCUCUCAAAAGCUUCAUAUUUGUAUUAAGAACGUAUAAUGAUAUCAGGAAUCAUACUAUAUUGUUUAUAUAUGGUAUUAUGUUUUUUGGAGAGGUGGUUUGCCUCUAAGAAUGUGUGUGGUAGGUUAUGCUUUGUGCAUGAUUCCACUUGUGUUAUUGAGCAGAGCAUGCCUACACUUAUUCCCAACCAAGAAGUAUAGAAGCGUAUUUAGUAGGGUUGAUGUGGCAUUAAAUACUUGAGCUCCCAGGGAGCAGUGGAGAUUUGCAUGGUUACCAAAUUAUGGAAAUAGUGACCAUGGGUAAUAUCGCUGCCAACUCUCAUACUUUUUUGAAAAGUGAUUUUAAUAUAAAAAAUGGUUUUAUUGCAUUGCUUUCAAAAUAUUUUGAAUGUUAAAUACUGUAUUAUUACAGGUAAUUACUACAGAUUUAUCUCCCAAUUUACUAAAUAAACAUUAAUUUGUUGCACAUUUAUGAUUAUUAUUUUUGUCCACAUACAAAAAAAAUGUGGUAUGUUUCCUGCUGUUUUGUCAGCAUACUUAAUUAUGAUUACAUUGUAAAUAAUAUACACCUUACUUCACAAAGUACUUCUCAUAAUACAGUUAUACCCUUUGAUUUGUUUACAUAUUCAUCGUAAUGUCUGGCCCCUCUCCAACCCCAACAAUGCUUAUUUACUUUGGUGUACUAUGUUCUUGCAUUAUUCCUUAUAUUCUGAAUAUAAAUAAUAACAAGUUUGAUAUUAUCUAUUCAUGUUUUCUGUUUUCACUUGCCAGUACUCUUUAUUGUGUUACUACAGAAUUGGAAUGCAUAACUAGGACCUAGAAAAUACAGUAGUAGUUAGGGGCGGAUUCAGAGAUGUGGAAAAGGGGGGGGGGGGAGUGCCAAAAUUGGUUGAGCGGGGGAAUUCCCCACGAAAUUCUUGUUUUCUAGAUGCCCAAAAAUACCCUCUGAGGUGUUUCGGGUGAUCAAUUUUUCCUUUCCUUCCACAAAUCCGCCCCUGGUAGUAAGUAGUAUAAGUACUAGUGGUAGUAGUACUUUGGUUAGCUUGGUUCCAAUUCUUUUCGACAAUACCAUGCCAAGUAGCAUGGAAAUGGUUGAAACUUGGUUGUAUUUUGCUGUGUUGAAAUUAACUUGAUGUCACUGUUGGGUCACAAUGGAAGGUCUUAAAUUUCAAUCUCAAUUUAGAACUAUAACAAAUUAUGAACGUGGACUUUAAUAUAUGAAACUAUUACAUGGAUAUGUUAUAUAAAAUAAUAAUUUGUGGUAUAAGGAUGGCACUGCUAAAAGUUUUAGUUCAAUUUCAUAGACUGGUGGUUUUCAGAAAUUGCGUAUUAGACACCAAUAAUUCUCAAUCAGGUUCUGUGCACCCAAGGGCGUCGAUCUGUGUAUUGUGGGUAUUGGAGAUUGGGGUGGGGGAUAAAUGGGAAAGAAGAAACCCUUGUGCUACAGCCCUCAAGCUUUGGCUAGGGCCCCUGAUGGAGUCCAGAGGAAAAGCCCCAGAAGCUCCAUCCAUCGCUCUAGCCUUUUAUCACAUUUAAUUGGCUUUAGGGGUAACAUUAACAAUUAACAUUUAUUUCCACACUAGGUUUUCAGAAUAUUAAACAUAAAAAGUGUAUCAGUUUAUCUCUUAAUCUUGACACAGUGGCCCACUUAAAUACUUUGUGCAGAAUAACAUUCAUAAAAAUAUUGAUUUAUCUUACUUAUUACCUAUUGAUUAUCUCAUGUUAUAUGUUUUUAAAUGAGAUUAUUUGAGUCAUUCAUAAUUGUUGCUCUUCUUUCCACCCCAUUAAAAAGCAGGGUUUUAACAAUAGAAGAAUGGUUAUUAGUGGGUGUGGGGAAGACAAUUAAUACGAAGUCCCCCUGACCCCCACCAGUCGACGCCCAUGUGUGCACUAACCAGUCCUGGUAAAAUAUUUUUAUGACGCCUGGCAAUGACUGUAUUCUUUUUAAUGCUUUGUGCACCAGCCAGUCCUGGAAAAAUAUUAGGCAGAUGUAUAGCCAGUAAAACUUGGUAAAAUACCUCUCGUUUACACAACAGUUUGUGGUUAUUAGUCAUUGCGCAAUUCAACCCUAAGCUUAAGAAAUAUUAAUUUUUCAGAAGACUACAGUUUCAUUGAUGUUUGGGCUGUAUCUACUGCCCUCUCUAGAUGGGAUGGUCAAACUUUCAAAACAAACUAGUAAAUUUAAGUUUUUAUUACUGGUGUAUUAUUUACAUGUUUUAUCAGAGAACUAGAUCUAUGAAUUAGUGUUUUACACAUGAGCAAUCAAGAUGGUUGACAUUUGACACCUGUAGGAUUACAAUAAAAUAUAAAUAAGAUAUUGGACAUUUAAAACUUGGACAUUAUUAGCUGCCGUCCUACUGCAUAUCGAUUUUUAAAGCAAGAGUGUAAAUCUAGGGGCAUUAGGGGGCAUGGCCAUAGUUUUAGAAAAAACCUGCUAUAAGUGAGGGGGUGAGCAUCCAUAUUUUCUAUAAAUCUGCCAUUGUUGUUAAAGCAUAAUAUUGUAAUGUUGCAAUUGAUAUCAUGUACAAUACUAUAGUAUUAACUCUUCGGAAUUCUUGUAAGCAUAUAAGUAAUUCUUUCUUGAGCCAAGAUAUUUUCAUUAUCAAAAUUAUUAUAUAUAUCUGCUAUGGAGGGCAGGAACCCUCAAUUUAUGUUUAAUUAGAAUAAAUUUGCUAUCCCACAUGAUCAUGUGAUAGGCAAGCAUUUUAAAGGUCAGAGGUCGUGUCUAAUGUAAUCACAAUAUAUAACAGUAUUAAUGCGGGCUCGCUUUCAGUAUUUACAUGAGCAUAUGGGAUUGGCUAAGAUGUGAAACUAUUCUUUGUUCAUGAAUGUUUACUUAUAAUUAUAUGGAUAAAUUUGAUAAUGUAAUUCAUGGUAGUUGAAUAUUUCCAGUCAUACCUACUUUCUAUUGCAUAAUAUAAAACGUAAAUGUUAAUAAUAAUAAUUUUUAAAAAUGUUUCUGGAUGGUGGCUUCUUUUACAACUUUGUUUUUGUUGCGCAAGAAUCACUAUUUGUUUUUAGGAUUUCCUUUUUAUGCUUUCAAAGUAUUCUUGAGUUAAUUCUUUUUGUGUUUGCUUCUGGAAAGCAAUUUAGUUUGAGAAUUUUAUGUGAAAUUGUUGUUAAUUAUAGUACAUUAAUUUGUGUUUACAUCAUUGAACUGUGCAUAUCCUACUGACUCAGGUUUAAGCCCAUCCAUUGAGUUUAAGCCUCAUCAAUACUAAGAAAUUGUCAUGAUCCUCUUAUUUAUAAGCCCAGAAGCUAACCUGCUAUUUUUCAGAUAUACAUUACCCUAUGUAAUUGUUGUUUUCUAGACGCCAAGGAAUAAACUCCGAGGCGUUUUGGGUGAUCAAUAAUUUCUUUUAUUUUUUUUUUUUAACUUCCUAAAAGGUGGGGCUCAGCACCCUCCACCCCCGCCCCCAAAUGUUCCCCUGAUUAUGGGAUUGGGUUUAUAUCCUGGUCAGUGUGGAAACUUUUAGUGGUGUACAGUAAUCUUUGUACUAAAAUAUUUUUUAGCUUGAUGUUGUUACAUAGAACAAAUCUUCUCAUUUCAUAUUAGUAGGGGUGCUGGGGUGACAUCCCCCCCCCCCCGUUUUGCCACAAAAUGUUAAAAAUUUCAAUGCAUAUCAAUGUUUUGUGAUACUCACUUAUCUAUUCUGAAACUGUUGUGCCCCUUCACCUCAUUUGAAGAAUUCCGGAUCUACCUCUGGUAGUAUUAUUAACAUGCUAAUUUUAUUGCAUUUAUAUUGCGCAACAAAGGAACAGUUGUGCUAGAGAUAAAAAAUGAAAAACUCAGACAAGUUACAAUAUUGUAACUAACUAUUUCAUCAGAAUGCGCAUAAAGUUAAAUGUGAUUAACCACAAGCCAUUGUCUUGUUGAUAUACCAUAUUCUGUGAUGAGCUGAAAAUCUGUUAGAUUUCUGUCUUGGGUAUAACAAGGAUCUAUUAAUAGUUCCAUAUUGUUUUGGUAUUACAAUUGUAUGUUAAAUAACUAAGAAGUCCCAAUUGUUAAUGAAAAGAAUAUAAUUAUGGUGACAACAUAAUUUCAACUUGCCAAAUGUUCUUAUCCCAAUGUGCAAAAGACAGGUAGCAGGCAAAUAGCGCCACUGAAUGUUCUAUUGUAAUGCUCAGAAAAUGGUCAUUUACCACUGAAAAUGACUCACUCUUGGAGCUAGUAAUGUACCUCCAUGAAUCGGUCUAUUUCUAAAGCGUCAUUCCAAGAAUUAUUGCUUGUUACACCUUCAAGGAGAAAUCGCAAACAAUUUGGAUUACAUAACAAAUGCUAAUAUUUUUAAUAAACAGAUGUACUUAUUUGGAAAUUCACUCAAAGAAUCCCUGUCUCGCAUAAGAAUGUGCGAGACUAAUAUCAGUUCUAUUGCCUAUGUUUCAUGUUAAUAUAUGAGACUAAUAUCAGAUCCCUUGAGCAUUACUAUUUCAUGUGAGAUUGUAUACAUUGUGUUAUUGUAUUAAUGUAUCUGUGAUUAUUAUAUUAUUAUAAUAAUUAUAUUGGCAGGUUUAUUAUAUUUGAUUAGUUUUUUUUAUUUGUUUAUUUUUUUAAUCUGAUUGUUUUGCAUAAGCAUGGAUUGUUUGAUACUGACAAUAAAAUGAUACACUUUAGAAGAUUA